AUGGGCGCCAAGUCAUUCCUCAUCGAGGACAUCCUCCGUUCGCCGCCGCGCGAAGAAGCGCCGCCGGAAGCAGACGCUUCUCAGAGCAAGGCCCGGAGACAGAGCAGCGCCAAAAGCGGCGAGUCAUCCAAGAAAGCGGCGGACGGCAAGAAGCCGCGGCGGCGGCGCACGGCGUUCACCCAGGCGCAGCUGGCUUUCCUGGAGGCCAAAUUCCGCUACCAGAAGUACCUGAGCGUCUCCGACCGCGGUUCAGUGGCCGAGGCACUCAGGCUCACCGAGACGCAAGUCAAGACUUGGUACCAGAACAGGAGGACCAAGUGGAAGCGGCAGAGCCAGCUGAAAGUCGAGCAGCUUCGUCGGCCGGACCCGGAUGCUGCUCAGCUAGCAAACCCGGCGGCAGCCGGCGUUUACCUCGACCUGCUGGCCCCCGGAGAACAUUGCCUCGCCAAGCACGGAUACCUCGGAGGCAUGUUCGUGGCCGGAUUUUAG